UUCACGUUGUCAUGUUGCGUCAGGCGUUUGCUAAGCUUAUCGUCAUGCAAUCCAUUCUAAAAGUCAGGCUAUGAGUCGCGAAACCUGCCUAUUUUAUUCGGAAGUACGUUAUGUGACGAUUUCAAAGUCAAAAGAUAUUACAGAGGACAAGUUACUUAUCUUAAAUGUUAGAUUUUAUGUUGUUGUAAUGUUUAGCUUCUGGUUCACGUAAUUCGUGCUAAUAUUGGGUUUUGGUGCUAGCGCCCAAUUGACUCCUUGAAGGAGAGAAUUUAUUUUCGGAGGUUACCCAGAAUCCACCGCGUGACACAUUGACAACGUACAGCGGGCGUUAAUACGAUUCCAAUGGAGUUUCCCAUCUCCUCAAAAGUAUCAAUGUGACGUCUGGUCACAACCUAGUUAGCUUGGCUUCUUGUGUCUCAGUCAGUGUUGGGAAUGCAGCCACCACUCCCACCGGAUGCAGUUAGAGAGCUGGUGUGUUCCUGUCUUCACAGGGACCCAGUAGCCGCUGAUCUGAGAUGCAGCCUGUUUGUGGCAGCUGCUCAGAACUACAAAAGGGACUCAGUGCUCAGACCCUAUCCCCCCAGAUACAUCAGAGACAGAGACACCAAGGAGUUUGAUGAGCUGCUGUCAGAUGUCAGCAGUUUGCCUGGUGUGAGGGAGCUGGUGAGACUGAGGCCUGGUGAAGCUGACCAUCAUCUGGCCCUCACACACUGGGUUCUCUCCUCCAAGAGCUUCGCUGUGAAAACACUACAGAAAGAUGAGUAUGCCAAGCUGUGUAACCUGACUGAGAGUGAGGGGAUCUCCACGCCUGUUCCAGACUUCCUGUUUGAGCUGGAGUACUGCGACCAGAUGAACGCUAAGUUUGAGAAGACACGGGCGGGACGCGACCUCUUCUAUGCAUUCCACGGCAGCCGACUGGAGAACUUCCAUUCUAUCAUCCACAACGGACUACACUGCCACCUCAACAAGACGUCGUUGUUCGGAGAGGGCACCUACCUCACCAGUGACCUCAGCAUGGCGGUCCUCUACAGUCCCCAUGGCAACGGUUGGCGUGACAGUCUCCUGGGACCGUUGCUAAGCUGUGUCGCCGUGUGUGAGGUCAUCGACCACCCAGACGUUAAGUGCCAGGUGAAGAGGAAAGACUCGGAGACCAUUGACCGUCAGCGCUCCAGAGCCAGGAACAGUGAAGGAGGAGAGGUCCCUCAGAAGUACUUUGUGGUCACCAACAAUCAGCUUCUCAGAGUCAAGUACCUGCUAGUAUACUCUCAGAGAAGACACCUGUCCAGACAUUCCCGGGGCAGGUCGUGGUUGGUCAGACAUCACUUUGCCAUCAUGAUGAGUCUCUAUCUGCUGCUACUCAUCUUCAUCGGUGCCUUCAACUCCACCACAUUCCUCUCCUUCUGGAACAGGCUUUUCCGGUGACGUCACAAUCGCAAGACGGUCUCGUCCGGUGACAUCACAAUCGCAAGACGGUCUCGUCCGGUGACAUCACAAUCGCAGGACCACACUCUUCUGGUGACGUCACAAUGAAAUCACCGGACCUCACUAAUCACAGGACAUGGUCUUCCGUUGAUAUCACACGAGUCUCUGGUGCUUUCCCACUGCAACCCCGGUUGGUCCAGCCUGAGGCUAUCUAUAGGCUUAAACCCCGGUGUUUCCUGGGGAAAUUGCUUCUCCUUUCCAUCCCUAGGGCUGACAUUAAGGACUUGGGAAGAGCAGUGUGUCAAGUUCAACAUCUGAAUAUUCAAACCGUUUCUUAUGAGAAGGAAUAGGUCAUAUAUACAUGGACCAUUCUUGUCAUUCAUAGUGCCUUCCCUAACAGAGAGAGACAGA